CUAAUGGUUAAAAAUUUAGCACGGCAUUUGUUAUUGUGCCACAAGUGGUCAAAGGCAAGUGCAGAUGCUGCUAUUGGUCAAUUUGGGUUGAGAAGGCAGACACAAAAAACAUUGCAGAAAAAGGAUUAUCACACAUCAAGAAUUUGUCCAGUGGAAGGGUGUUAUAAAGUAUUGAAGCGUCUGCCGAAACAUCUGCGAAAAUUUCACAAGAUUGAAAACAAGGAGAAGUACCGUGCCUUGCUUGACAGUGCCGUAAUGUGCAAUAGCAUUCAAAUAAUUGGCGUUGUGGACAGUUCACCUCGUAAAGUAUUUCAAAAUAUAAAAUCAAAGUCACUGGCGGAUAGUAAACAAAAAAGCUUUUCAAAAACAUCUUUACCAGCCGCUGAGCAAAUGAUUGUACCAAUAGCGGAUAAUGCGGAAUCUGAUCAAGUCACGCAUGCCUUCACGUCUAUACCGAGGAGAGAACUGCCGGUGCAUUCUGUUGACUUGAUCACUUCCAAAAGCCGCUCUCAAUCUCCAUUACUGUUUAGCGACAGUGAUGGAUCUGAGUUUGCUCUUGACUGCGAUGAUAUAGAGAAUACUUUACCUAACGAAGUCAAAGAGCUGUUUGAAAAAUUUGCGGCCUACUUGCAAGGACCGGACGGAGGUAACCGUACAUCUUUCGAACAAAUUGUGGAAGACGUUAAACGAAUUUACCUUAUAGUUUGCGCAAAUAAAGACCUUGCGAUGUUUUUUGAUGGUCAACAUUUCCGUGACGAAUAUUUGGCAAAGCAUUGCAAAAGCCGUGAGAAUUUACCAGGAAUUAUCAAAAAAUAUUUAUCUUCGGUUGGUGUUUUUUGUGAGUUUCUUAUCACAGAGAGGGUACAGUUGACCUCAGUUGGGCCUGAAAAGGUUGUUGACUUAAAAAGAAAAUUAAAUGUCUGGAAAAAAAGUUAUAAAAAAUUGGAUAAGGAACGUAGAUUUGAGCGGGAGAUCGAUGAUCAUUCAAUGCUAGUUACACCACAACAGCUGCAAAACUAUGAAAAAAGCGAAAAUGCGGUCAACGCGAAAUCUUUUUUUCUCAAGUUGCAAAGUUCAGAUUUUUCCGUGACUCAAGCUGAGUAUUGUUGUAUGCGGGACCAUCUUUUUUCGGUCAUACAUUUUGCCAAUGGUCACCGUUCGGGAGUGUCAGCUAAUCUUUUGGUUUCUGAAGUUGAUGCUUGCCAGAGGGUUGAUGGUUUGUGUCAGAUUUCCGUUAAACAGCACAAAACAGCAUAUGCAUACGGACCAGCUACAAUCACUAUGUCGGAGAUCGAAUUUGGUUGGUUAAAGCUGUUUACUGACAAAAUUCGUCCACAGGUAAAGCCAAAGUGCCGCAAUGUUUUUUUGUCCUGGACGGGAAGUGCUAUGACCUCUGGACAGAUAAGUUUACGAAUUCACCAGUUGUGGGCUAAAGCAGAUCUGUUCGGAAAUGUUCCAAUUAAAAAUUUAAGCUGUAAUAUAAUUCGAAAGUCCACAACAACUGGUAUUCGGGGAAAGGGUAUGGGCAUGAACCAGGAGGUAGCUGAUUUGAUGUGUCACAGCCUGGACACUGCAAACAAGCACUACUUUGUACGAAAAAAGCAGGAAGCAGCAGCAAAAGGUGGCAAAGUAAUUAGGAGUUAUUUUAGAGAGAACGAGAAUAUUUCAUCUUCUCCACCUGCAUCACCAAGACACAAGUGGAAAAUUGAAGACAUCAACAAAUUGCAGGAAGCUUUUGCUGACGAAAUCGGGAAAAAGGAAAUCAACAUCGAAAAUGUACGAAAAAAGUCUGCGCAAUUACAGCCUUAUUUCCAAGUCAGUGACAGACAGAUUUGUGACAAACUAAGAAGCUUGAUUCGUUAUUCACCUAUAAAAUGUAACAGACAGUUAGCUGUUCCUAAUCGAUUGAAUUCUGCAAGUGCAUCCACGCAGUCUAUUUCUACAAAUAUUGGGACUUCAAAUCAGGAGGACAACGCCGCUGAAGUCACUUCUUCGAUGGCGUUUAAUGUUAGAAAAAGAAAAAGAUUAUUUAGCGAUGCAGAUUUGAAGAUAAUCCAUAAGAAAUGUAAAGGUAUUAUUGCAGGAGGUCCCAUUACUGAAGAUUGCAUACGGGAAGCAUUAGACGGAAAGUUGUCUCACUAUAAUUAUAUGCAAUUAAGAACUAGACUUGACUAUGAAAAAAAACUAAGAAAGUAAAUCGUACAUAGUCAUGUGAUAUUUGUUAGUUUCAGUAGUAAACAAAUAAUUUUUGGCAAAAUAAUUUGAGAAGUAUUUUUUUUUAAAAAAGUUUGUUUUAGUAUUGUUUCAUGGAUUAUAUUUAGUCUUUCUUAUGUUGCAAUUUCGGACAAUACGUAUUAUUUUUUGGUUUUUGUCACAGUUUUGAUUUUAAGCUUAUUUUAUAUUCCUUUUUACGACGUUUUUACUACCUUUUCUACAAGAAAAAUUUAGGAAAAUGCACAAGUAGUAAAAAAGUGCCAGAGUUAAUUGUAACUUCACAAAAACUUUUCGUUACAAAAAGCAUUUUUAAGUUUGUAACAAAAAAUAGACAUUUCUUUUGUUUGUUUUUAUUAUAACUAGAUACGAAUUCAACUUAAAAUAUGGUUUAUAAGUAGCAUAGUGGGAGUAGGUAGUUGAAAUUCACCCUGUGACUUGUUUUAUUACCUAACAUUUUUUCAGUUUUUUUUCCCAGUUGUUAACUUUCCUAAUGACUUCUCAGACUACUAUUCGCUUUGUACCCAGAUCUUUUUUUAAAACGUCGUAUCGGACUCCUUUCCAACUUCGUUCCCAAGUUUGGUAUUUUGUGUAAAAUAUUAAGAAACGUUAUCGGACUCUUUUCCAACCUUGUACCCAAAAAUAUUAAGAAUUUCAUAACGGACUCCUUUCCAACUUUGUACCCAGGGCCUUUAUUAUUUUGCAUGAACACAUGAAGAGACGUCAGGUCGGACUCCUUUCCAACUUUAU